ACCGAUAUCUAGUAUUAAAAAUGUAUAUGACAAUUCUCUUUUUUUUUAUCAUAUGGUGUUUACUGUUUGUUUUGUCGGACUGAAGGUUACGAAAUACUAUCUUCAAAUUCUUCUCAGUUUUUAAUAUAUUUAUCAGUUUUUAUUUUUAAUGGAGCACUUUUAUCAAAAAGUAACAUUUACACAUGAGGAAAAGGAGUUGCUCGUCAAUUUAUUAAAAUUUGAAAAAAUUAUCGAAGAUAAGCGGACAAACAAGUCCACUAAUAAACUAAAGGCAGAGGCCUGGGACAGGGUGACAAACAAAUUUAAUAACAAUACUUUUGUUACCAAACGUGCUACAAUACAAUUAAGAAGGUGCUGGGAGAAAAUUAAAAAACAUGCCAAAGAUGACCGAACAAAAGAAAUAAAAACAAGGAUGGCAACAGGUGGUGGUAGUCCGUGUCUCCCCAGUCAAGAUUAUGUGCCAGGGGUGGAAGAGGUAGUACCUCAUCUUAUGAUUGAAAUCCCUGGCACAAUUGAUAGUAACACUAUUUUUGAAAGUGAAAGGCAAACUGAAACUUCAAUAACCACUACUUGCACAAUAUCAACUCGGUGCAAAACACCAAUAAUGUCACAGUCGAUUUUACAAGACUGUGAUCAAUCAGUACUCCGCAGAUAUUUAGAUUCAACCCAAACUGCCUGUGAAACUAUGAAUAACCAAAUAAAUGAACAUUUAACUUCAAGAAUGAAUAUUAUUAUUAGUCCAGAAGCAGAAACCAUAGAACCCACAGAUACCUGCAACAUAUCCAGCCCAUUGAUGCCUCGGACGGAAUUACCAUACACUGAACGACGUAGACGCUUAGCAUCUACAGCAGCAUCAGAAGUUAUUACUUUGAGGAAAAACAAUAUAUUAAAGGAGAGAAAUGAACAGCAAGACUUAUACAAAAUUCGCCGUUCCAUAUUGGAAAUAGAAUUCCAAAAAGAAUCUGAAAUGCUGCGUCAUUUGCAGAAAUUAAAUUCUAUAAAAGAAAUGAAUGAGCUUGAGAUAUUGGAACACCAACGAGCCCUCCGUAAAAUAGAGUUGCAGCGUGCUCUAGAACAUGCAAAUUAAAAUAGAAAUUCAAAGAUUAGAAAUUAUUAUUCAAGAUUUAAAUUAUAACCUUUUGAAAAAAAAAUGUACAUACUGUUCUAAAUUUUGAAAUAAAAAAAAAGAUUAAACAAAAA